UACAGAGGGCAAUGCUAAACAUGGACAGUGUCUUCCUCACAGAUGCUAAAGCAAACUCUGUCUUAAAGAGAUAUCCACGAGCAAAUGUAUUUUUGGAAGAACUUAAGCAAGGAAACAUUGAACGUGAAUGCAUGGAAGAACGCUGUGACUAUGAAGAGGCAAGGGAAGCUUUUGAAAAUGAUGAAAAAACUAGAGAAUUCUGGAAAAGUUAUACAAGAGGAAUCCACGGGGAGAUUAACACUGGAUAUAACUGGUAUCCAUUUUACCUUGUUUUCCCAUUAAUCAUUGGCCUUCUUGUUAUUCUCAUCAUCAUCUUUAUCACAUGGAGAUGCCUCCUCAAAAAGAAAAUGCGUAGACAAUCCACGUAUGCACGUGACAGUGCCAGAGAAGCUACAAGUGACAGGACUGCUACUGAUGGGAGGCGUCCUCUUCCUGUGCCGCUCAGCAUUCUUCAUUCUCCUCAAGAAGACAUGUUUGAAGGCAAUGGACUUUCUCCAGGAUACCUGAGCUACACAGAUGGACGUUCAGAUUCUGUGUCAACAAGGCUGUCAAAUUGUGACCCACCUCCAUCAUAUGAAGAAGUUGCUGGUGAAAAUGGAAUGAGAAGAAAUGAAACUGCAAACCACAUGGAUCCACCUCCACAGUAUGAGGAGAUAGUGAAUGCACGUUUGGUUAAUGGCAGUUCGGUGCCUUCUGUUGCCACUGGUAUCAAGUGAAGUAGG